GAGUUGUGGGAAGGGGAAAAGCCCAAAUGUGAGUGGUGGAAGUGGGCUAGCUUUAGUAGGAAUUGGGCCCAAGACUUGAAGGUAACCCUAGCAUCAUGUGUGUGUUUUUUUGGUGGGACUGGUAUAUAUAAAGAAAGUGGGAUAAAUUGGGGGUAGGGUUUUGGAGAGCAAGGGGGAAGAAGAAGAUGCCGGCAGGUCACGGGCUUAGAAGUAGGACGAGGGAUCUGUUUGCUCGUCCAUUCAGGAAGAAGGGUUACAUCCCUCUCACAGUUUAUCUCAGAACCUACAAGAUUGGGGAUUACGUGGAUAUCAAGGUGAACGGCGCCAUUCACAAGGGCAUGCCCCACAAGUUCUAUCAUGGCCGCACCGGCAAGGUCUGGAACGUCACCAAGCGUGCCAUAGGCGUUGAAGUCAACAAACAGGUUGGGAAUAGGAUUAUUAGGAAAAGGAUCCAUGUGCGGGUGGAACAUGUUCAACCAUCAAGGUGCAGGGAAGAAUUUAAACUGAGGAAAAUUCGGAACGAUGAGUCGAAAGCCGAGGCAAAAAAGCGUGGGGAGAAGAUCAGCACAAAAAGACAGCCAGAAGGACCCAAGCCUGGUUUCAUGGUGGAGGGUGCCACCCUAGAAACAGUUACACCAAUCCCAUAUGAUGUGGUGAAUGACCUCAAGGGCGGAUACUGAUUCAUGUCUUGCUUUGAAUUAAUUUUAUGGUUUCCCUUGUUAUUAAGACUGUUAUGCUACUCUAGAAGGCUGUUUCCUGUUAUGCUACUAUGAUUUUAGCAUAUGGUGUGAUGAUUUCUUGUGAUACACUUAUGCUCUUUAGGCCUUUCCUUUUUCCUCUAAUUUUUGUAUGAUAUAGCAUACUGGUCACGGCUUACAUUGCA